CAUGGGUGUCUACAUCUCACACAUCUUCUCCAGGUUCACCACCAAGAAACCUGUCAGGAUUUUAAUGGUGGGUCUGGAUGCAGCAGGGAAAACCACUAUCCUGUACAAACUGAAGCUGGCUGAGGUCGUCACCACCAUCCCAACUAUUGGUUUUAAUGUAGAGACAGUGGAGUACAAGAACAUCAGUUUUACAGUUUGGGAUGUCGGCGGUCAGUCAGUCAUCAGACCCUUGUGGAGACAUUACUACGUAAACACACAGGGUCUGAUAUUUGUGGUGGACAGCACCGACCCUGAGAGGAUCAAAGAAGCUGCUGACGAGCUGCACAAGAUGUUAGAAGAUGACGAACUGAGAGACGCAACCUUACUGGUGUUCGCUAACAAACAGGAUUUACCCCGAGCCAUGCCAGUUAGUGACAUCGCAGAGGCCCUGAGCCUAUCAGGAGUCUCACAGCCGUGGUUUGUCCAGGCGUCCUGUGCUGUGAGUGGUACUGGUCUGGCCGAGGGUCUGGACUGGCUCUCCAACCAGAUCCAGUAGAGGCUGAUCUGCUGAGUCUUCAAACACAUCAGGCCGGUCUGAUGUGAGCUGAGCCGAGUCCAUUACGAACAGAAACAUAAGAGAUCCCUCGUUAAUUUGACUCAUUAAAUCGUCACAGAGAGAUUUUUAGUGCUGCGUUCACUGCACACAGAAAAGCACGUAAAUCACAGAUAUCUUCCUUCUGGGAAACACUUACAAUACCAGUUUGUGCCACAUUUCCGUCAUUUUACAAGAAUUUAAAAAGACUGCAAAAUAAUGUGAAUUUUAAGUUAUAUUAAUGAACUUUUAUGAACAACCUUUG